GUGCAAAGUGUAAGUGUAACAUUCUGAUUUCUGGUGCUUCUCCUCCUCGCACAGUCGCACCUUCCUCCCUUCGAUCCCACGUCUUCUCCUUGUCCACCUUUCUUCACAUCAAGAACCCCAAUCCAAACCUCGAGCUGCAGAAAUCCUAAGAAAUUCCACGAACUUUCUCAUUCUGGGCCAGAUCGAGCCAGGAAUCCGGCACUCUCUGCCGAGCAGCCGAGCACUGGAAUAGAGCGGCGAAGGGGAGGAGCGAUCAUGUCGUCGUUGCCCGAGGAGGAGGAGGCCUUCGAGCACACGCUGCUGGUGGUGCGGGAGGUGUCGGUGUUCAAGAUCCCGCCGCGCACCACCAGCGGCGGCUACAAGUGCGGCGAGUGGCUGCAGACGGACAAGAUCUGGACGGGACGCCUCCGGGUGGUGUCGUGCGGCGACCGCUGUGAGAUCCGGCUAGAGGACCCGGGCUCCGGGGAUCUCUUCGCCGCCUGCUUCGUGCUGCCGGGCCAGAGGGAAAGCGCCGUCGAGACCGUGCUCGACUCCUCGCGUUACUUUGUUCUCCGCAUCGAGGACGGCAGGGGGAAGCACGCAUUCGUCGGCUUGGGAUUCGGCGAGCGCAAUGAGGCGUUCGACUUCAAUGUCGCACUGUCGGAUCACGAGAAGUAUGUCAAGAGGGAGCAAGAUAAGGAGACCGGUGGCGAGGAGGCAGACGAUGGCCAGAUUGAUAUCCAUCCAGCGGUCAAUCGCCGGCUCAAGGAAGGUGAAACCAUUAGGAUAAACGUAAAGAACAAGCCAUCAACUGGAAGUGGCAUGCUUUCCUCUGCUGGUUUAUCUGGUGGAGUCACUGAAAAACCAAAGGCAAGCAUGCUCCUUGCACCACCACCGGGUGCAACUGGGAAGCUUCGAUCUCCACUUCCACCUCCACCUAAUGACUCUGCAUCUGCAAGAUUGAGUUCUGGACAGAAUGCUGGGACCAGGGCCCCGAAAGAACCUAUCAAGAAAAACAAAGACCCAUUUUCAGAUAUUUCUGCUCUAGAGAGAAGCUUACCCUCAUCGACUGAAUUAGGACAAACAAAAAGCACAGGUGCUGGAUGGGCGGCAUUUUGACAAGGGAUUUGCUAUCUGCUGUUGAUAACCUUUGCUCUGCAAAAAGGAUGAACAUUGUGUGACUCAAAAAGUACACACACGUCUACUUACUGGAAGACUCUAUCCUUCGAAUUCACAUGGCGAAAAUGAUGAUCUGCAUCCACUUGGUACUCGAAAAAUAAACAUUUAGGAAGGUGCUGUUAUCCAUCAGGGCAUCGAACCACAUGGAUUCAGGGAGCUCAAAAAGUCUGAAUAUAAGUGUGGCUUUCCUUGUUUAUCGUAUUUGUGUUGUCAGAUCUGAUAUACUGAAACCAGAAUCAUACUGACAUCCACUUGUAUUUGUGCCCUGAAAGAUUGCAGAGUACUGUUUAUGCAAAAAAAAAAACUUGUUUUAUUGGAUCAUUUGAUAAGAUUCAUUUGAAACCA